CUAUCCUUGUCAGUUGCGCACUGACCCAAACACCCAUCUUUUUCUAGCACUUAUCUGCAGUAUUGAGGUUAGGAUCACUGUCAUUUGACAACAAAGAAGAAAAAGUUAAGAAAAAACCUGUAAUUAUGACAAGUAUAGAAUGGAAAACAUGCACGGACGAGAGCUUUUCUGCAAAAAGAAAAGUCUUCAGUGCGGUCAAAACCACCGAUCACCCCCUUAAAACGGCAAUUGUGACGGAACGAGUUCCACGUCGCAUCCUGGGGUCUCAACCCAGCACCGGUCGCACAACCCCCGUUUCCACCCCUUCUGUGAUUUUAGAGCCUUUGAGUAUGGCUCUUGAGGGGGUUGAUCCCUUGACGGCCUUCGCAAUUGAAGAAAUGGAUCCCUUGACAAAACUCGCCGCAGAGGAGAGCAGAGACAAGGUGGAUUCAAGUCACGACAAAAAGUCAUCCGAUCAUAGACCCGACAUCGACACCUGGACGGCGAAAAAAGCGGCGAUUUUGUCCAAAUAUACGACUUCUGAGAAGAUUUCAAUCGUUACUAGCUUUCUCUCAGAUGGGGAUAAAGUGGUCGUCAAGGCCCAAAGCACGGCAGUUGACAAAAUGCAACACAGACUUGAACAGUUGGAUUACAUAGAGGAGGGGUCACAAACCAUACUUGAUUUGUCACAAACUGAGUAUGUGAACAGGAUUGAGCAACUCAAUAGGGAACUUGUCUCAGCUUGGAACUCAGAACAGAGGGUCAAAGCCCUGAAAAUCGCAAUACAGUGUGCUAAACUCUUAUCAGAUACCAGCGUUUUGACGUUUUAUCCCAGUAAAUUUGUACUCGUCACUGAUAUUUUGGACGUUUUCGGACAAUUGGUCUAUAAUCGAUUGAGCACUAAGACAGACUCACACAAGUUGGGCUCAAAAGUGAAAUUACCAGAGGAUUUCACCCCCGACAUGGUCUCAGACUCGGCGAAAGAAACGUGUUUGAACUGGUUUUACAAAAUCGCCUCGAUUCGAGAACUAGUACCCAGACUAUACGUCGAGAUGGCGCUAAUGAAGUCAUACUAUUUUCUCUCCCUAAGUGAGUGUCACGAAGCCUUAAGACGCCUCACGCACAUGAUCAACGGCAUUGGCAACCCCCUAGUGGCGGUCUAUGCCCGGUGUUACUUGUGCCGAAUCGGCAGCAGUGUGUCCAACCGUAUAAAAAACAAAGAAUACCUCUUACAAAACUUCCACCGGUUUUUGCAAAACUACCAACAUUUGUUUAGUCGCAGCGUUAGGGCCGAAUUAGCCCAACAGAAAGUCUCCCAAUCGGUGUACAUGUCUUUGUUCACCCCUGCUCUCGACUACAUGUUGCAAACAGUGGCGUACGACAAUUCCGACGCCCUCUUGAACGACCUCCUCGAGAGAUGUAAAGUGCACGGAAAUAGUUCGUUGAUUCUUAAUACAGUGAUGUCGGCCUUCAAACCCCAUUUGAUAUCAUCCCGGACUUUGCAGUUUUUGGACAUGAUCGAGCAUUGUUUAGACCAGGGAAUCCCCCUGCAUUCCCUGUUGCGAACCUUGGGAUUGUGUGUGAGUGUGGUGCCCCCACCUCUGGAACACCGAAGACAGAUUUUAAGCACGGCUUGGAAACACAUAACGAGCCUGAAAGAAGUCGAGGAAUAUAUAGCAUGUGCCGAGCCGUGGGUACUUUACGUCGUCAAAUACUUCUCGCAUCGGGAAUUAAACACGAUUUUGGGUGACAUAAUCGAUCACAUAACUCCAGACCGCAGCUACGAACAAUAUUACAAUCAGUUGAAAAACAUCGUCGAAAAUAUAGUUUUAAUUAUUCAAGACUUUGAAGCACUCCUUGUCUUGGAAAAUUUCCUACCUUUAAUUGACCUAUUUCAACAAGAAUCAAUCAGAGUCGAAGUGUGCAAAAAAGUGUUAAGUGGGAGCAACAGUCUUAUUUUUGUCAACGACGCCGUGGUCGUCAACGCCCUCUUGUUCCUCUGCACUGUUUUACACGAUUCGGUCAAUGCGUUAACACCCGAGGACGAGUAUCGACAAAUCGGUGACAUUUUAUGUCACGUGAUCAAAACAAUCGACUACGGACGCGAUUUCGAGCAACAAUUGACGUUCUACGUGGAGGCGAGAGGGAGUUUUUCCAAUAUAGACAUAGUUUUUGUGCAAUUAGUCCAAUGUGUCAACGCCCUCUCUGUCAAAACCCGCCAAAUAGUCAAAGGUUUACAUACGAGAAAAACAGGCGAUUUCGUACGCGCAUGCGCCGCUUACUGCUUCAUCACCAUACCUUCGAUCAAGUCACCUAAGCAUCGCUUGAGGUUGUAUCUCCUCUCAGGACAGGUGGCGCUGUUUAACCAGUGUUUGGGUCAGGCAGAUGCUUGUUUCAAGGCCGCCUUGACCACAAUUUCGGAAAUACAAAAUGACAAAUCGCAAUUUCCUGAAACUGAACUCAUUCCAUACAUUAAACAGUUUUUGUCUAUUUUGUUGGUAGUGCCUGAUAAUCCCGAUUGUAGCGUUCUCAAUUUGACAAGGUCGCUCUUGAACGUGCUACAAGGCUACAACUGGGAGUCGAAUAUUUCACUCAUUUCGAUUUAUUUGAGUGUUAUUGAUGUGUUGAGUGUGAUGGCACAGGAAUGGUAUCCCUACCACAUCGAUAAAGUUGAAUCAAACGAUUCGUUGUACGGCUCCGAUAAGAAAUUUAUCGCCGAAAUUAAUAAGAUUUGUUCAGUUGUGACUGGCGAAUUGAUGAGUAAAUUACAAUCUUUGGGGCCUUGCACCAAACAGUCGACUUUCGCAAUUGAAUUGUGCGUCAAGUUGGCCGUGAGGAACGACCUGACCAAUCAAAUGCUGGUCCUAGCUUUAAAUUUGUGGAAUCUAGCAAAAAGAGACAAUACUUUGGAUACGAAAUAUCUGAUUAGGACAAAAAAUUAUGUAAAAAAGAGAACUUUCGCAUGCAAUAACACACUCUUACAAGAACUAGUAAAUAAAAUGGAUUAGAGCAGA